AAGUAAAUAGAAGUUAGAAGGUUGCUGGAAUAAUUCACUCAAAGCUAAUAAUGAAUCCGUCUAAUCUCAUCGAUCAGUGCGCACCAUCUAGACGUCGCAAUGAGCCAGCGCGUGGCUGCAGGAACGAGGAGAUGAUUAGCACCGCCAAAACAUUCCCCUCUCGUCUCUCCUAUUUUCAUGGCUCUAUUGAAUAUCUCGGAGCUGGAAUAGAAUAGAACUGUCGCAGAUCGGUGCAUGCAUGCCGGUUGCCAGACGGAUGCUCCGCGAGUGCACGUGUUUCGGCUCGUCCUCUCUCCACGUUCAACAAGCUAUAUAGACGACGCAUCUGUUCGUAGACCAGACAGUGUCGCCUCUGAAACCUAUAGAGAGCAUUUGAGGCUUUGGGCUUCCAGAGGAACAUAUGAACGUACAGCUAGACUGAGACAAUGAGUAAAAUACAAAGGGUUGGAGCAGAAAUUAAACGGUAUUGUGGCUAUCCGUGGUGCAUGUGACGUAAUCUAUAGCAAUUCUCCUUUGGUAGAAAGUCGAUUAACGGAAAACCGUUUUCGAAGCACAUGCAUAGGGUCACGAGGAGGCGAGGAAUCGAUGUUCAUCCUAUGUUCCAUGGAAAAGCUGCUCUUCUGCGAGAAAAUAAGGGGCGUUGUCACGGAUGAAGGAACACUGGUAAAUGUUGAAGACACCGUUGAAAUGUUACCAAAAUCGAGAAGAGCACUUACCAUUCAAGAGAUUGCGGCAUUAGCCAGAUCUUCAUUACAUGGCAUCUCCCAGGCGAUGAAGGACCAUGUGACACGGCCCACAGGCAUGGCCCAGGGCAGGGUGGCCCACCUGAUAGAGUGGAAGGGCUGGUGUAAGCCCACUGACACCCCCGCAGCUCUGGAGUCUGACUUCAACAACUACUCUGACCUCACCGAGGGAGAACAGGAGGCCCGCUUCGCUGCAGGUGUGGCGGAGCAGUUUGCCAUAGCGGAGGCUAAGCUGAGAGCCUGGUCGUCUGUGGAUGGAGAUGACUCUAAUGACGACUCGUAUGAUGAGGACUUCAUUCCUGCCAACGAGCCCACAACACAAAGCACAGAGGUGCCUCCUUACCUGAGGGAUAUUCUUCAAAGGCAGGUGUGUCAGCACCUGGGUCUGCGGGGGCCGUGCUGUGAGGGGGCAGGAGGAGGAGAGGGGGGAGAGAGGCCCUCUCCCACCUCCACAGACACCCUCUGCUCCAGCCUCUAUAGCCUGAAUGAGCAACACCCCUUACUGCGAGAUCUCACCCAUCACUGCUGCAACAACCACGGUAACACCGCCGAGCUGGCUGCCAAGAUCCUCUCGGCCCUGCAGGGGGGGGAGGAGCUGCUGUUGGCCCGCCUCCAGAGGGUGGGGCAGGGGGUUAGAGGGGGAGGGGACUUCAACAACCUGGGGGGAGGGAGUAGCCGGAGGGGGGGGGAGGAGUCACCUUGCUACUCUGUGACCUACUCCGAGACCUAUCUGUCGCCCGGGGAAGACGAAGGUACGCCCUGCAAAGACUAUGAGGGCACCGUGGGCCAGGGAGAAGGACAGCGCAAGGUGUACCCAGCUGACUAUGCCACCCACAGGAAGGUCUCAGAUGUAGCCUCCUCCGGGGUGGUGUCUCUGGACGAGGAUGAAGAGGAGGAGGAGGAGGAUAGGGGGAGAGAGCAGAGAAACCAAUGACUGCCCUGUCAUUGAUUUUUGUUUCAUCAGUUGUUCAUCUCUCCGUCCCUCCCAUGGCCUCUGACUUGUCUAAACCUGUCUGCAUGUUUUUUUCAUGACUUGAACUCUUACUGCAGUGUAACCUCUCUGUCUUGGCGUCUUCGCAUCAUGUUGAUCCCCUACCCGCCUGCCCCUUGACCAUUUGAUAUGUAUCAAUAUAUUUUUGUCUUGAGGCGUCCAAACAAUCUUUUCUAUCAAUGUGAAGCAGGAGAGCAGGACUGGCUGUCACAGGUAACAAGCCCAACGAUUGGUCUGUGGUUUCAGGAAGAAGCUCACGGAUUGGCCAGUGGGGUUCAGUGCUCCAUCCACCCACAACAAGAGUGACUGCUAAAACAUUAAAGGGACACAACUGACAGGAAAAAGACUGAACCUUAAAACUCUGAAAUAUCUCUGCAUGUGUUUGUAAGUGCUGAACUGAACUUGUGUGCUGACCUGGUCUUGAGCACGUUGGUUUUGUAGUUUGGGCUGUUCUCUAUAACCUCCCUUCCUCUGCCCCCAACCAGAUACAGUAUAUCCCAUUGGUGGACAGGUUCCACUGCAUCCUGAAACCUGAAGCCCUUCCUCUCCUUUGCAAGAGAUGUUGGGCACGUUCCUCUGCCCAAGCGUUGCUGACGCAUGCCAGAUCUUACAAUGCCUGGAUAGGUCUUUUAUGUAUCAGCUAACCACAUAUGAUACACCAAUCUGGUGCCGACAGCACAGUCGAUGACGUGGCACGCAACCAUUGGAUGAUGCAUGCAAUGUCUGAGAAGGGGAGCGCUACCCCCUAGCAUCCUUCUGGGCAUGGCUUGCUGAGUAUGCCAAACUACCGUAUGUAACCUGUCACCAACAGUUAUGAGCAACUGCUGGAAUGUCUUAAAAGUGACAGGAAAUAUGUAUUUUAAAAACAAAAAAAUAUUUGUCACAAAUGAUUAUGACAGAAAUUAUAUGCUUUUAUUGUACUAGUUUUCUAUCAUUCAACAGGUUAUUAUAAUUAUUCUGAAUAUCAUUAUGACUAACUGUCAUAAUGACAUACUAUAGCUACCAUAUUUUGUUUUUGGUUCUAUGGUUUCCUACAUAGAAUUCUUAAGACCAAUGUUUCUCUUAAAAAACAACGAAGACAAAAACACAAAUAGAAUGUUCCAGAAGUGACCCUUUGAUGAAAGAGAUGCUGUUUGGUGGAGAAAUUGUUGUACAGAAACCUAGUUUCAGUGAAGAGGUGUUACGUUGCAUUGGAGAUGUUCUAUAUUUUUGUAUGUGUUGUCUUGCUUUAAUCUUUGCCUCUGCGGCGUGCCAGUGUAUGUGGUUUUUGCACGAAGCUAACGUGGCUGUAGAUUUCUCCUUUCUUUGUUAUCACUGUGUGAUAUAGUAUACCGGGAAAAAAAUACAAAUAUGAUCAAAAAAAUGUUUAUUUAAUUUUGAAAGAGGAUACUGUGAUACGGUUUGUUAUUGUCAUGAUCCUCAAUGGGAAAAGUUUCCUUUUCUUUGUAAUUAUAUCGGACUUCUUUCUUUCCUGUUCAUAGCUGCUCCUAAAGCAAAACUACAAGUUAAUUCUCUUUCCAUUCUUUUUCAAAGGAUGUCAGGAAAAGGGCAUUUUUUGUAAAUAUAUCGAAAUCAUUCCAUUGGCAUGGUGAUCUGAGGAACCUUAAAUUGGUUCGGUCAGAGGGACUGUCACUCAUACAACUCAGGAAGUCCCAUUGGUUCAGAGCGUCAGUAUAUCCCGCCCCUACACAAUGAGCCACUGCUCACUCAUCCUCUUUCUCAGCGAGCGUGUGUGUGUGUGUGUAUGUUGGGAAAUGUAUUCACGAUUAAAGCACAGAAUUAGUGUUCAGCUCACCUCUUCAACCCUUCACUGAUUGUUCAUGAAAGCCCUAGUGUGUGUGUGUGUGUGUGUGUGUGUGUGUGUGUGUGUGUGUGUGGUAAAAUAUUACAGUCAACUAGCUUGCAUUUGUGCGUCCGCUCCAAAAACCCCUAAUGCAACGAUUCCCUUUUAAACAGUGUUUUAGUAUAGCAAUGUUCUGACUGAAGGUAAAAGGCUUGGCCUACAUGAUGCUUUUGGAAAGGACAUUAACAGACCAAUCACCGUUCUCCCUUUUUGGAAACUAAAAAUGUGUUUUAGACUGCCAGAGAGAUGAUUAAAAGUAGGUGUGGUGUCAUACAUUUUAGCAACAUGAUUUGAAAUGUAACAACUGAAUUAUUUGAUGAUGACACUAACAACUGGUGGAUUGAGUCUGAAACACAAAUUCAACUCAGGGGAAACCAUUACGGCUGUGCCUUCAUUUAUAAACUUUGACCUCUGAUUGGUCAUACGGUCAGGUCAGUUCCAUUCAUUCUGUCCAAUGAUAAAUGCUAACCCACCAUUGAGCCAUAGAUCCGCUUGACAUCCACAACAUGCGGACAUUUACAUUAUGGUUCUACACAGAACUAUUCACAAUGUACAAAGACACUUUGACAGCUGGGUGUUUUUUCUAGAAUGCAUCUUGUAAUGCUUUCUGAUUCUAAUGCAGUGUUCUGUGCAUCCAUUUAUCAUGGUUGAUUAGACUGUUUGGAGUACGAGUUCUUACUUAGUGGUCUGCUCACUGUUCUUUUAAGUUCGAGUUGCUAAUGUUUAUCUUUCUGCCUCUACAGCUGUACGAAGUUGCUCAUAUGGUAUUGGACCUCCUCUUUGACAAGGUCAAGGGUUAAAAGUCAAACUAGAGUUGUGUAAGGUUAGAUCCUGUUACAUCUGUUUCCAGCUUGUCCUGGUGUUUAGAGGAUUGGAGGGUUUGAGUAUUGUCUAUUUGGAGGGACACUGUGUCAUUGUCCUUUCACUGACAUUACAGAGAGGGGAUGUUUGUGUCCGGGGCAAGGUUGUGAUUUUGUCCUGAUGCAACGACGUGUGUUGCAUUGUUCUCUGUCCCCCCCAGUCUGGCUGCAUUGCGCACUCACUGAACGUGUCCCCCUGGUGGUGUGUGACUGGCACCUUGGUUCCGGGCAUCUCGUUCACACACAGCUGUCACACACACUCUCCCGCUGUCUCCAUCUGUCUAAUUUUCUCUCCCCUUUCUCAUCCCCUUCUCCUUUCUUUCUCUGUCCCUUUGUCUCCUGCAUCUCCUGUCUCCCACUUUCACCCUCAGUCUGUUUCCAUCUCCUUCUAUCCCUCCUCUCUCUUCCUCCCUCCCCCCUAUCCUUAUUCACAGGAGCCCUCUCUUAUAUAACUGGGGGACGGCAGGGCUGAGUGCUACCUUUGCCGACAGGCAAUUAGUCAGCGAUUAUGAAAAACAACUGAUGGACACGUAGAGCAAUGGGAGAUGUAUAUCUCUAUUUUAUCCUCUCCUGCUAUGUGUCUCUUUAUCGUUCCUGUCUCUCCUUCUGUCCUAAUACUAGUCUUUUGAGGUUAACUGCCCCAAAAAGCUGAUGGUGGUUUCUGUAAGAGGCGGGUGAUGUAACAGGGUGGCGCCACUGUCCUGUGAUUGGAUGAAUGUCCUAUGAUUUAUACUGCAUCAGCCAAUGGGAAUGAGUGUCCCUUUAGAGUGGCACAGAUGGAUUUAAAGGGAGGCCUGUGUGUGUGUGUGUGUGUGUGUGUGUGUGUGUGUGUGUGUGUGUGUGUGUGUGUGUGUGUGUGUGUGUGUGUGUGUGUGUGUGUGUGUGUGUGUGUGUGUGUGUGGAGUGAGAGAUUGGAGAGAGUGGCAACAUGUUCUGUGGGUGGCCUGUUGCUCUAGGCCAGUACUGACAUUGGGCACUUAUCACAGACUUUGUGUGUGUGUCUGAUAGACAUGGCCGGUGGCAGUGGCGAGUGGGAGGAGGCGAUACACUAAGUUAACAUUUUAUUCUAAAAUCAGGGGUAUUAAUAUGGAGUUGGUCCCCCCUUUGAUGUUAUAACAGCCUCCGCUCUUCUGGGAAGGCUUUCCACAAGAUGUUGAACAUUGCUGCGGGGACUUGCUUCCAUUCAGCCACAAUCAUUAGUGAGGUCGGGCACUGAUGUUGGGCGAUUAGGCCUGGCUCGCAGUUGGUGUUCCAAUUCAUCCCAAAGGUGUUCGAUGUUGUUGAGGUCAGGGCUCUGUGCAGGCCAGUCAAGUUCUUCCACACCGAUCUCAACAAAUCAUUUAUGUAUGGAAACAAGAAAGGGCCUUCCCCAAACUGUUGCACAAAGUUGGAAGCGCAGAAUCGUCUAGAAUUCCAUGGCAUGCUGUUGUGUUAUGAUUUAAUUUCACUGGAAGUAAAGGGCCUAGCCCGAAAGAUGAAAAACAGCCCCAGACCAUUAUUGUUCCUCCACCAAACUUUAUAGCUGGCACUAUGCAUUCGGGCAGGUAGCGUUCCCAAUGGUGGUGAGUUUACAACCCAUUUCAUUAAGCUCCAUAGGCAGUUUGGAGCUUGGUAGUGAGUGUUGCAACCAAGCUCUGUGAGCUUGUGUGGCCUACCACGUUGCGGCUGAACCGUUGUUGCUCCUAGACGUUUCCACUUCACAUUAACAGCACUUACAGUUGACCAGGGCAGCUCUAGCAGGGCAGAAAUUUGACGAACUGACUUGCUGGAAAGGUGGCAUCGUAUGACGGUGCCACGCUGAAAGUCACUGAGCUCUUUUGUACAGGCCAUUUCACUGCCACUGUUUGUCUAUGGAGAUUGCAUGGCUGUGUGGUGGAUUUUAUUCACCUGUCAGCAAUGAGUGUGGCUGAAAAAGCCAAAUCCACUAAUUUGAAGGCGUUUCCACAUACUAUAGAAUAUGAAUAUUCAGCCUGUAGUCACCCAAUUGCCCUCACCACCCCACACCCACAGGGUUAACAUCUAAACACAACAGGCCUGUUUAACAUCUAGAUAGUCCAGGGCCUCUGUUGAACAUCUAGAUACUCCAGGGCCUCUGUUGAACUUCUAGACCCUACUGGCCCUCUGUUGAACAUCUAGAUAAUCCAGGCCCUCUGUUGAACAUCUAGAUACUCCAGGCCCUCUGAACAUCUAUAUACUCCAGGCCCUCUGUUGAACAUCUAGACACUACUGGCCCUCUGUUGAACAUCUAGACACUACUGGCCCUCUGUUGAACAUCUAGACACUACUGGCCCUCUGUUGAACAUCUAGACACUACUGGCCCUCUGAUGAACAUCUAGACACUACUGGCCCUCUGUUGAACAUCUAGACACUACUGGCCCUCUGUUGAACAUCUAGACACCACUGGCCCUCUGUUGAACGUCUAGAUACUCCAGGCCCUCUGUUGAACAUCUAGAUACUCCUGGCCCCCUGUUGAACAUCUAGACACUACUGGCCAUCUGUUGAAAAUCUAGAUACUACUGGCCCUCUGUUGAACAUCUAGACACUACUGGCCCUCUGUUGAAAAUCUAGAUACUACUGGCCCUCUGUUGAACAUCUAGAUACUCCAGGCCCUCUGUUGAACAUCUAGAUACUCCAGGCCCUCUGUUGAACAUCUAGAUACUCCAGGCCCUCUGUUGAACAUCUAGACACCACUGGCCCUCUGUUGAACAUCUAGACACCACUGGCCCUCUGUUGAACGUCUAGAUACUCCAGGCCAUCUGUUGAACAUCUAGAUACUCCAGGCCCUCUGUUGAACAUCUAGAUACUCCAGGCCCUCUGUUGAACAUCUAGACACCACUGGCCCUCUGUUGAACAUCUAGAUACUCCAGGCCCUCUGUUGAACAUCUAGACACCACUGGCCCUCUGUUGAACAUCUAGAUACUCCAGGCCCUCUGUUGAACAUCUAGACACCACUGGCCCUCUGUUGAACAUCUAGAUACUCCAGGCCCUCUGUUGAACAUCUAGACACUACUGGCCCUGCAUACAGAACUAGGAGGCAACAGCAGUCUGCUGUAAACAUCUCUUUGGAGAGCUAGAGUGUAAUCUUCACAGAUUAGAGAGUAGAGCUGGGAGUGGAGAGUUGUGCUGUGUUUAACCCACAUUAGCCUCUGCAGUGCUUAAUUAAAACGACCCACAAUUCCCUGUGCGCUGGGCGGUGAGGUGACACCAAGGUAAUGUCGUGGCUCCGGUGCACAUCUAAACACGCACACAGACGUACAUUAAAACACACUUGCAUAGACACACACAUUUCACUGUAAUUCCCUUAUUGUGAAUGCAACUGGUAUACAGAGCCUACAAAGGAAAUGCAACUGGUAUACAGAGCCUACAAAGGAAAUGCAACUGGUAUACAGAGCCUACAAAGGAAAUGCAACUGGUAUACAGAGCCUACAAAGGAAAUGCAACUGGUAUACAGAGCCUACAAAGGAAAUGCAACUGGUAUACAGAGCCUACAAAGGAAAUGCAACAGCUUUAUCUGUAAAAAGAUGCAAUAUACCAAGAGCACUUAGUCUCCCACUGUUUGCCAGAAGCAAGUUAAACAUGAAACAAAGGCUACAACUAUAGGAGCCAGAGUGAAAGUACCAUGUCACCUCUUCCUGUCGCUCCUCUUACUGAUAACUGUGAAUCUUCACCUCUGUCAUUACACAAACACACACCUUUAAUCCCUCAGAGAUUUUUUCACCAUCCUCUCAUUUCCUUUCCUGUCAUUUAUUUAUUUUCUCUUGUUUUAAAUGAAUGUACUACUUUGAAUAUUGGCACUUGAUUAAAAAUUGUUUGCUGCACCUGACAUAAUUUCAAGUUCUUAAUAAAAUAUCCUUAAUGUUCUUUGCAAAAAAAAAUAAAAAUGAAAUCCUGACUUGG